AUGUCGGAAGACCAGCGUGUGAUUAGUCAGCCAAUUGAAUUACAUAAGUUGUCAAUUGUCGAUAAACACUCCCAAGACCAGCAGCAACAAUCACAUCAACAGCAACAGCAAGUGCAGUCUGGAUCACAAUCACCAAGGGUUACUACACCUUUAAAGCCCAAAAGGCUUGCUAUACCUAUAUCAAGUCCGCAAAGGUCCACCACAAACCAGUCACCCGUGAGCGACCACGCAAGUCCAAUUUCAACCGAUCAAGACUUAAUAUAUAAACUAGCCGCAAAACACAGAGAAAUCAGUGAACUUAAUUUCAAGUUAGAGGUCGCCCAAAAAGAGUUAAAACAAUUAGAGUUCCAGUUCAAAGAUACACUACCCCGAAACGAACAACAGAAAUUGAGUAACCAGAACACAAGUGAAUACCUGUCCACUUUCACCAGAAAAAUUCAACAAACCUUUGUGGACGUAAAUAAUUCACCAAAUAUGCUCAAGGGUAAAAAGAGUAUAAACGAUUUUUUUAAUAAGACCAAUCGUAACGUCAAUAGUAACAUAAAUAACCCGUUACCCAAUCGUAGGCCGAACCUUUCGCCUAACCGAUCACAACGUAUGCAAAAUGCUGCUCCCGGCCGUAGUUCAGAAUCAAACUUAUCACCGGCACCUCCUUCAUUGCCUCCAAGGAAUCCUGCAAAAAAUACGAAUACAACGGCCACUGCUGAGGCUAAUACUCCAUUCCUACAAAGAAUACUUAACAAAUUCAAUCAAAUGAAUAUGGAGGAGGAUGAAUUCGAUGAUCUUUUGGACAAGGGGAAAAGUAAGAAGGAUAACUAUUACAUAAAGGAAAACUUGGGUUACGAAUACGACGAAGUGCGCAGCGAGGACGAGGAUGAUGAAGAAUUUGAACCAAUGGGUGACAUACCCGUUCAUUUAUUUAAAAGGUAG